AUGGCAGGACGCAUACUUCCAAUCGCCUUAGCAACCGUCUCCGGCAUUGCAAUUGGCAUGGCGACCUUUGGCGAGGAGCUCAAAGCGCAGAGGAUGAACAGGCUCACAGAGGAGUACAACCGAGAAGUAGCUGCUGCUGCAGCUGCAAGCAGUAAGAGUCCAACAGCAAUCGCGUCCGCUGCGACGACCGUCACGCCACCGUCCGCUCCGGUGCAAUCCCCAGUCAAGGAAGAGACAAAACCAGCUGCCAGCUCAUGGUCCGAUGCUUUGGGUUUCUGGGCUUGGAAGAAGAGCCCACAACAGGAUUCAGUGCCCGCUGCUCCAGCUGUCGCACAUGAAGCACCGGAGCACACCAAGAAGCCUUGA